AAUAAGUGGAUGAAACACCCUAUCAGAAAAUUGUUAAAAGGAAUACCACUAAAGACCACCCGUAGAGUUACUAUUAUUUGAAACUAUUCUUUCAUAUCAUAAACUACGCAGGGGAUACUCUUUGACAAUACCGGUUAUUUUCAUGUAAACAAUGGCAAUGUUGUCAUGACAAUAAACCAAGGGAAGAGCAAUGUCGCAAUAUGGCUGUGCCUGCUGGCAUCAAACUAGAGGAAGGGAGCAGUCAUUUUGUUUCUAACAGCUUUCCUGUUCGACAGAUAUUUGGAUCGUCUGAUAGUGCUGGAGCAUGGUUGGUUGCUCAUAGGACAGAACAAAUUCGACACUUAACCCAUCAACCCACUGCAGAACCUAAGACAUACGCACAGCUCAAGUAUGAACGCAAGCAGAAGGAGAAAGAAGAAAGAAGAGCAAACAGGGACGGAAUCAAACAAGAUGAAGAAGAGGAGAGCACAACUCCUGGAGUUUUGGAUGGAUUCUUUUUGUUGACACACUGUUGCGUUGAAGACCCGACCGAUCUGUGCUCCAUCAAUAUAUCUGGACAGGAUUUGACUGAGGUCAAGCAAGAAGAUUUUGAACUCUUCAUUAAUGUUGCGUACGUCAAUGCUGGUGAAAACCUGCUACCAUUUGAUGCCUUCAACCAUUUCCCAAUCAUACGUGAGCUAGAGCUGCCUCUCAAUGGCUUGAGAGGUAUUCAUUUAGACUACAAUCAUUUCCCUUAUCUGGAGGUAUUGGAUCUAUCACACAACAAUCUCUCUAAGGAUGAUGUGGGUAAUCUUGGUCUGCUCACCAGCCUCAAGGUGCUGUACCUCACAGGGAACCAGCUUAGAUCAUUACCUCCUGAGAUGGGCAAACCGUUCAAAAUACAAAUAAGUGACUCUGAGUCCAGUCGAAUGCCAAGGUUCUCUAAGCUAGAGAUCCUGAACCUAGAUGACAAUGCCUUACAUGAUCUUGCCAUAUUCACCAGUCUAGCUGGACUUAGAAAGCUGCGACAACUCAACCUUGAUAAGAAUGAGAUUGUGUCUGUGCCGUAUCUAAAAGCUUUGAGUGGUCGUCUAGUAGCUGUAGACAGUACAUCAGACUCCACUCUACGCAAGGGUCGACCCCGGUCCGGGAAGGGAAAGAAAAAGAGUGGGACUAGCAAGGAGCUAGACCAGGAGGAGAGGAGUGAGGGGACCACACCAAAGGGUAGUCCACGGGGCACCCCACAGGACAGUGAGCUAGAGAAAGGCGCUGCCUCUGAAAUGUCCAACCUUCUUGAUGACAUUGAGGAGGAGGGUGAUCUCUUCGAUGCUUCUCAUGUCUUAGACGGCGAGAUGAACAAACUUCUUCCACCAUUCCCUGAGCUUACAUCUCUCAGUCUGGCUUAUAAUAAGAUAUCUGAGGAGGAGGGACUUCUAGGAGUAGCAGGCUGGCCCAUGCUUCAGGAACUCAUCAUCCAUAACAACCCCCUCACCACCCGUAACAGCGGUGACCCUCCUCUUCUCAAGCGGUACCUAACCAGUAGGCUUGGUAUCCGUAUGGUCAGGAAGAAGCCCAGCAUGGUACCCAAGCCACCGGUUGUGGUACCAAACAAACCCCAUAGAAAGGUAGCAGAAAUAGUUCCACCCAUUCCCAAGAAACCACUGCAGCUGAUGCUUGAAGGUCCUACCCUAGACUCCAGACCAGCCCUUCCAUCCACAUCCCAAACCCCUCCACCAAAGCAAUCAAAACACCCCUCCAGGGAGGAAUCGACUCGUCCAUCCUCACAGCCUCUACCACCCAUACAGAACAACCAAGAUGGGACCGAUCCAUUGCCUGAUAGGGAGGAUCAAGAGGAGCGGAUGGAGAGGACUAAGACAUGGACUGAGGAGAGCUUUGGUGAAUCAGAUGUUGAAGAUGAGUCCAGACCUGAGCCCAAGGCCAAGCCCAAAGACAAGACUGCUGAUGAACCUGUAUUCCUAACACAGGUGGAUGAACACCCCGAGGACGAGACCCCAAAACAAGAGAAACAUGCACCAAAGCCCCCCUCUCAGGCCCCUAGACCCCCAGGCAAACCCAAGACCCGGAAACACAGGGUGGACAGCGCCGUAUACUCCAUCAACGUCCCUCAGAAGUUCAAAGGUUACGAGAUGUUCUAUGAUGCACCGGAUGAUCCGGAGGUGUAUACUGCCCCUGAUAUCCAGAGCAACCUGAGGUCACUGCGCCUUGCAUUGAAGCAUUCUACCGUUUAUGGAGAGAACAAGGUGGAUCUACAGAGGCUACAGAAGCCAUUCAAACCAUAUCAAAAGAGCAAAGUUGCUGAGAAGCCUGCACACCCGACCAAAGCAGAGAAGCUGAGUGAUAUCCUGGAGGUGAUGAAGAGUAGAGAGACGUAUGUAGAGCAGAACCUUGGUGAGAUCCUAGCCGAUAGAGACAAGAUGAAAGACUUCCCUCAGGUCACUAGACUUCUUCAAGAGAUUCAGAACAAAUACAGCGCAGUGCGCAAUGCAUCCAUGAAGGAUAAACAGGAAGAGGAUGAACAGAUAGACCUGAUGAUACAGGACCUGGAACAACUUGAAACGACUAUGAAGUCAGCCCAGUCCUCUAGACAACCGUCUAGGGAGGUGGUUGCAGAAUAGAACCGUUCUUAGUCCAACCUGGGGGGUGUUUCACAAAACUUGUCCUCAGUGACAAAUUACAGUUGUUGUUAUAAGCUACUGAAAUGCUUGCUUCUGAUUGGUUAUCAGCAGAUUUGUCACUGCUAUUUGUCAUUUGUCAUUGAUAAAAGGCUUUGUGAAACGGGUCCCAGCAGGCUUUAGCCCACUCUAGAGAUCAGUUUACAAUCCUGCCUUUAGGAUGGUUCAUAAUCAAACCUGUAAAACUGGAGGGCGUUUCACAAAGCCUUUUUUCAAUGAGAAAUGACAAAAAUCAGUGACAAAUCUGCUGAUAACCAAUCAGUAGCAAGGAUUUCAGUAGCUUAUACCAGAAACUGUCAUUUGUCACUGAUGACAAGUUUUGUGAAACACCUCCCAGGUCUUAGUUCCAAGUAUAGAAUAGUUCCAAGUAUAGAAUAGUUCUUUUUCCAAAAUAGAGAACAGUUCCUAGUCUAUCCUGCAGAACAGUGUUAGGCCUAUUCUUUAGAACUGUUCUGAAGCCUACUUGUAGGACAGUUCUUAGUCCAAUGUUUGAUGCAGCUCUUGGUUUGAAUAGUUUCUCAUCUUCCAAAGCAGUUCUUAGUCUAAUCCAUAGAAUGGUUCUUAGUCUAAUCCAUAGAAUGGUUCUUAGUCCAAACCAUAGAACGGUUCUUAGUCUAAGUUAUAGAAUGUUUCUUAGUCCUACCUGUGAAAGCACACUGUGAUGUACCAUUUGUGCUUUCUGAACACUACUUCACCUUGAUUGUACUAUUGUAAUAGAUGACCAAUAUUUCUAAUUUCAUACAUGUGUAAAGCUCAUUAUCAAACUUUGUUUUUGUAUAAUUUACUUUGAAUUGUAAGUGUAAGUUUGUGAUCUCAACCAUUGUUAUAUUUGCAAAGUUCAACUUCAAAGUGUGUAAGUGCUCUCUGCUGUGAAGACAAUUAAUUAAUGAGAAAUUACAAAUUCUAAAAUAUUUUGUUAAUUAUUAUAUGGAAUGCAUAUUGAAAGUCUAUGCUCUGCAGAUUCAUAUCAUCUUGCAAAAUUCCCUGAAAAACCUUCGAGUUAGGUACUCUGUACUUCAAUGCUUUCCAGAAAAAUUGGGUAGUUCUGAGCAGAUUAUGAAUUCACAAGGGAUAUACAAUUCCUGGCAUACUACUUUUAGAAGCUGAUUGCUAAGUCUUUCUCCUGAGAACCACAAGGCCAUUAACUCAUAUUUGGUUAUUCUGUUGAUAACAUUUUGCACAAGAUUUGAGUUGAAGACUUUUCAGUUCAAAAUUAUUCAAAUUGUGAUACAAGAUAGAUGACAAAAUCUUGACUGUCAUUUCUGAGUUACAACAGGGGAGUAUAUUUAGAUAUUAUAAGUAUCCAUCAUCCAUGAGAAAAGAUGAAGAUAUCUGUACGGUGUUUCAAUACUGCCAUAUACCACACUGAGUAAAGGCCUUUCUGCUUUGUGUUAGAUUAUGAUCAUCUACUUUAAUACAGCAUACAUUUAUCAGUGCACCUUAUACAUGUGUGUGAUUUGUUAUCUAUGAAAGAGAAUAAUGAAUAACGGGUCAGUUUUGUGGUUGAAGCCGUCCAAAAUGUACCAUGUACUUAUUAAGAAGAGUAGAACAUUAUUCAUAAUUUGUGCUAUCGCUAUUUAGAAGGAAAAAAAUUGUUGUCUGCAUAUCAUUGUGUUUCAUGUACUUCUAGUCAUAUCUAUAUCUAGAAACCUUAAGCUAUACAUCAUUCAGUGUAUUGACUGAUAGUACUUUGGCAGCACUGUAUAGGCUAAUGUGCAUGUGCAAGUAUAUUACUACUGGCUGAUCGUGUAUUAUACAUGGAUGUGUACGAAUGGAGUAGAUCACUUAGGUAUGCUGGGGCCUUAUUAUUGAGACACUUGUAAGUGAGAGUUCAGGGGGGCGUUUCAUGAAACAAUUAGUCGGUGGUUUUCACCGACAAUUAUUUUGUCACCGACUAUUUUCCAGGCCUGUGAUUGGUCUAAUUUAGUCAGCGCUGAGUAAAUUGUUGAUGAACAUGA